AUGAAGCUGUUUGAUGUCGCAGAUCGUUUCAAACCACUGCUGAAUUUUAAUCGCAACAACUUUUACAACAUUUCUACCAAGAUUCAAAGACAGUAUAAGAAUGCUGUCAAUCAAAGUAAUGAUCAAGACAGUCCAAAAACAGGAUGGAUAAAAGAGAAAGUAAUGCUUUCGGUUUGUCAACCCACAAGGAAUCCGGCACCUCUUGACCUUGGUCAUCUGGUGUCCGACCAAACGAAACCAAAAUCAUGCCACAGUGACAGGCAAUAUGCAGACCGUGAUUUACUGGGUAUGGGUACAUUUGGACCGAUCCCCGCUGUACCGACGACUACUUUGGAGGAGGAGCGGAACACUCAGUCCUUUGAUCGAAUCGAUGAGGCGAAACAACUGAGAUCGUCCGUGUUUGAACUAGGAAUUUUCAGUCCUAGCUACUCACUGCAACAGGUACACCUGGGUCAACAAACGUUAACGUUGUCGAUCGGUAGUUCGUCAAGAGAAGCAGUCACUCUUCCACCUCCAAAUCUACUUCCGGUGAUCACGACCCCAGAAUCCUCAGCCUUGAACAAUCCUUCGAUUGGGUUAUUGGACGCCGCUAGUAUUCCAUCCGUGGACGCGUUCCUUUCCCCUAUUGUGAGUUUGACCGAGAGACCUACAUCUAAUGCCGUCGUUUUGUCAAAUGUGCCACCCACCAUUUUAUCAGCCACACCAAGUCUAAUUGCUGCCUCGCACAAUUCGUUGCCAAUGGUUCCAGCACCUAUCCAGCAAGCCAUACAAUCAGCUGUCUCAGUUUCUCUAACACUGUCCCAAGGAAGAUUUUCCUCUUUGGCAACAGACAUAGGUUCUGUGACAUCUUAUUGCGAUGAGAGGCUCGGCAUUAGUGAAGUAUUAUCUCUUGGGAGUUUCUGUGGAAUCGCUGCAGCAGUGCCUUCAGUCCGCUCGGAAGUCAGAAGAUCAGCCGCCAUUGAAUCGGAACUGAUGGCGCUAAUAGAAACACCAGAGGGUACACCUCCUCUUCCUGCCGCCAUCCAACAAAAUAGAAGGUCUCUGUAUGGUAAAGUUCCACCACCCGCACCCGCCGGUCACGGUACCGAGAUUGGCAAUCUCUCUGGAAUCACUGCAGCCAUACCUUCAGCCAAGUCGUCAGGCGGAAGAUCAGCCGACUUGGAAUAUCAACUGAUGGCGCUGAUUGAAACACCAAAGAGCGCAUCUCCACUUCCUGUCGCCAUUCAGCAGAAUAGAAGGUCUCUGUAUGGGGAAGUUCCACCACCCCCACCCGCCGGUCACGGUACCGAGAUUGGCAAUCUCUCUGGAAUCACUGCAGCCAUACCUUCAGCCAAGUCGUCAGGCGGAAGAUCAGCCGACUUGGAAUAUCAACUGAUGGCGCUGAUUGAAUCACCAGAGGAUGUAGCUCUUCCUCCUGCCGCCAUCCAGCCGGAUAGGUCUUUGUAUGGAGAAGUUCUGCCUCCUGUCGCUCACAGUACUGCAGUGAUGGGGUAUCGCCCAUUUACAACAAACAGAAGUGAAGGAGUGUCUUAUGUAUACGAAGAGUCCCAUUACAAUUUCUGUGUCAGAGGACAUAAAAUAGAAACGGUUGAUGCUGCUGUAGACAUUCUGUCUAUAGCAGACUUCAUUUUCCAAAUAAAUCAAGACACGGGAAUCAUCAACGUGAUUGGAUCCGGAAUGUUCGGUGCGGUGAGUAGAAAUGCUGCUUACCCGUAG